AUGUUGCAGCACGUGCAGCUUGCCUCGACUCCUUCGCCCCCGCCGGACAACUGUACGACCCCCUCGGAGUUGACCUACCAGAUCCUCUCCUGUGUCAUGAUUGGACAGUUCAUUCUGGGGCUUCUGCUCAACCUGUCUGUGCUCUACAUCUUUAUAUUCAGAUACAAAUUCUGGAAGAACAAGAGCAUCUUCUUGUUUAACAUCGUGGUGGCCGACUUCUUGCUGGUUGCAUGUCUUCCCAUUAAGGCGCAUCAUUACCUGAACGGGGAGCGUCACAGUCCGAACGAAGUGGUUUGUAAGAUCAUGAUCUUCAUGCUCUUUCUGAACCGCGGGGCCAGCAUUGGCUUCCUCAUCACGCUCUCACUGGACCGCUACUUCAAUGUGGUGCAUCUGGGCAGGAAAAACUUUGUCAAAGUUCUGAAGAAUACCCCCCAGAUCUCUGUGGUAAUUUGGUUACUUCUCCUGCCCCUCACCAUCCCCACCAUGCUGCGCACGUUUGAGUGUUGCAACAGCCACGGGAGGAACAAAGAGACGACCUCCAGCAACAUGAUAGAUACAUUCAGAGAGAUCGUCUUCUUUAUCCAGAUCAUAAUCCCCUUCAUAAUCUUGGUCUUCUGUACCGUGCGCAUCGUGAACCGUCUGAGGAAGAAGACGGUGGGGGACCAGACGAAGCUGAGGCGGGCAGUGUGCGUGGUUCUCUCCGUGGUCUUCGUCUUCUCCCUGUGCUUCCUGCCGUGUGCCCUGGCCCGAGCCGCCCUCCUCUUCGUCCGCAUCAAGGACAAGGACGGGGCAGAGAACGUGGCGGUCCAGGUCUACGACAGCCUCGAGGUCCUCUCCUACAUCAAUUGCCUCCUGGACCCGCUGGUGUACUGCUUCUGCAACAGUGGCUUCAAAAAUGCAUACAUUAACAACUUUUGCCCCCCGUUCCUCAAGGAAAAACUGUUGAGCGCGGACUUCGGGAUGGGCACGACGACCAUGACGACCACGACUACCUCUGGAGGAAGGAUUGUGGUCAUGAAGCCAGUUAACGAGAAGUAA